CUCGGACUGGUCAUAUUCCUUGAUUCUGACCAACUCCUCUAAUCCGGUUCGUGGGAAGAUCAUCGGAGCCGAUGGCGAGGAGGCUGUUGACCUCUGUUGACCCAGUACAACAUACCCACUACGGCUUCACUUAUUUUCGUAUGAAAACCUUAAGGUCAUCAUCUCCUACACAACGCAGCGAAAGUUGUGCCAGUGACUCCCGGUCGGACACCGACUCAGACCAUGUUGACCAGGACACCGCGCCCAAUGCGGGACCAUCCCCUAGACCUGGCGACAGCCAGAGCCUCGUCCUGUCGCAGGCAGUACCCAAUCGCAUCCCACUUGAGGUCUACGAGGAAACCAUCAAUUGGAUGGACAGCUCCGGCGCGCUGGCCUGCGCUGCAUUGGUCUGUGCUGCGUGGUAUCCUCGCGCAGCGCGGAAUAUCUACUUCUCGAUCCACAUCAACACCCGUGCAUCCUUUGACUUGCUGGUAAAGCAGCUACUCACCUCUCCCCGCGUUAAGCGAUGGCUCUCGACCACGCGCGAGCUCUUCGCCUCUGACAACGAGUAUGUGAACCUCCGCCGACAAGGGAAGACCCGGAGAGAUUUCGUGCAUGCGUUGCCUCUUGUCUUCGGCCGUGCACUCUCUGGAUUGCGGACACUAGAGAUGCGGACAGAUCUGCUGCCUGCCACGCCCCCGACCUUCUUCGUCGCACUGACUCAACUCAAGACUCUAAAAUCGCUCUCUCUGCGCAAUCUGACGCUGAGCAGUGUCGCCCAACUACGAUGGAUUGUCUCUUCCUUUACCGGGCUGAAAGAACUCACCCUGUAUAACUGUUCCCUUCGUCAUCCAGCUUCUCUGGCUCAGGCAGGUGUCAUUAUCCCACAACUGGGGCCCAUGCUGUUGCGGCGACUAGAAGUUGAUGUGGCCAACGUGAUUGAGAGGUUUGAGAGCAUGGCGGACUGGCUCGCAUACUCGGCGACAUGCGUCUCUCUCCACGAGUUGAAGGUGUGGUGGCCGGCGAAUGCCAGCCUAAGCGACUCCGUCGAAGUGACCGCCAGGUCGGUUGACGGGCUCCUCAGAGCAGCGGGUUCGUCUCUGAGGCGGUUCUGCGAAGUCUCCGACUACGCGAUUGGCCGCGUCUCGCACGGGAACCUUAUGCACAAUAGGAAUCUGCGCUACCUCGAAUGCGGAACGUCUGGAAUGCAGGGAGGCGACAUGCUAGCCGCGUUGAAGGCCAUGGUCGGCGAGCUUCACAACGUUUUCUCCACGAUCCGAAGCCACCAGGUCGAGCACAUCAAGCUGGGCCCCAGGCUACCGGUCAAUGUCGGACUUCCUGUCCCUCACGGCGAGCUUGGUCCCCUCCUCGAACGACUCGAGUUGCAGGAUCUACAUGCCGUCAUGAGUCAGCCAUUCUUCGACGGGCUGCAGGCGGUGGAGUUCGUGUUGCCCGCGUACAGCCAACGAGGUGAAGAGGCUGUGAGCAGAGCGCGUCGCAGCAUUCGGGAGCUGGCCCCAGUUGUUCGGGGUAUUCUUCGGCCAUGGGAAGCAUGCGGUGUCCUGACGCUGCACACCACCCUUUUUUGUGAUCCAUCUGACAUAGUAGAGGAUCUAGUAUAAACUCAGUCCACUCGGCCACCGAGCGCACUGUAGGAAGGACUACUUCCUGUCUACGAGCGCCGAUAUAGCGUUGAAUGGCGAAGCACUCAAGUGCUGGCGCUCACCGGCACCGAUCAAUGUAUGUAGUGCGUUCGAGCGCGUUGACCGGCCGAGUUAGACCUGAUGGAACAUUGCCAACCAUUUCCAUGAGGCUCUCGGUACGACAUGCGUUGCGGCCCCAGUUCUCGUCAAAGCCUUAACGAACUCGAGGUGGGGUGCCAUCUCGUCUGUAUUUCUGAAUGUUGAUCAGCCCAUUUUAUUUUAUUUUGUUCUGAUUCUCCGUGUUUACCCUCCGUAAUCUACAU